AUGGACAAUCAGACCCAAGUCUCUGAAUUCAUCCUCCUCGGCCUCUCCCAGCAGCCCCUGCAGAGGCAGGUGCUCUUCAGCCUGUCCUUCAUUCUGUAUUUUAGUGGGUGCCUGGGGAAUCUUCUCACCAUCCUGGCCAUCAUCUUGGACCCUCACCUCCACAGCCCCAUGUAUUUCUUCCUCAGCAACUUGUCUCUUCUUGACAUCUGCUUUACCUCCACCGUCAUCCCCAAGAUGCUGGUGAACCAUCUGUGUGGGCUCACCACCAUCUCCUUCUCAGCUUGCCUGGCCCAGAUGUAUUUCUUCAUCGCCUUUGGGGCAGCCGACAGCAUGCUUCUCUCAGACACGGCUUAUGACCGCUACCUGGCCAUCUGCCGCCCACUGCACUACAUGACAAUCAUGAGUGUCCUUCGGUGUACUUUGCUGGUGGUGAUACCCUGGAUCUCAGCCAAUCUCAUCUCCAUGGUCCACACUCUCCUGAUGUCCCACUUGUCCUUUUGCACCAAUAGGAUCCCACACUUCUUCUGUGACCUCAAUGCCUUGAUCAAGCUCUCCUGCUCUGACACCCAAGUCAAUGAGAUGCUGGUGGUGGUCCUUUGGGGCCCAGUGGUUCUCAUCCCUUUUGUGUGCAUCAUGGCCUCUUACACAUCUAUUACUGUGGCUGUGUGGAAGGUGCCCUCAGUCCAGGGCACAGCUUCCAUGCAGGGAGCCAGUUUCUCAUCAGUGACUGAAUUCAUCCUCACUGGCUUCUCAAAUUUCCUUCAGCAUCUCCUGCCCACCUCCUUCCUCCUGUACCUGCUGAUGUACCUGUUCACACUGCUGGGGAACCUGCUGAUCAUGGCCACCAUCUGGAGGGACCCCAGCCUCCACACCCUCAUAGGUCCUCUACAUCUUUGCCACCAUCCCACGCAUUUUGGCCGACCUGCUCUCCACCUCACCCUGGUGGUCGUGCACUACAGCUUUGCCUCUGUCAUCUACCUCAAGCACAAGGGUCCCCAGUCUCUGGAAGGGGACACGCUGAUGGGCAUCACCUACGUGGUCUUCACUCUUCCUCAACCCCAUCAUCUUCAGUCUCAGGAACAAGGAGCUGAAGGAAGCCAUGAAGAAGACCUUCCUUGA